AUGAAAAAUAAUACUCUAUUAACAGUUGGAGUUAAAAUAAUAGAUGGUUUAUUUAUAGGAGAUGAAUUUGCAGCAAAAUUACAUCAGUAAUAAAUUGUGUAUCGUAAUAAAUACCUAAUCAUUGGUAAACAAUAGGAAUAACAUAUUUAUGCUAUAGAUGGCAAGAAAACGAAAAAUAAUUUACUUAAAUCUGAAAGCGUAUUAGUACAUUCAGUUAGAGGUUAAAAUAGAUCAAUUUAAAUGGAGUUUAAAUAAAUGUAUUGAAUUUUUGCAUUAGAAAAAUUUAACAUUAAAUAUUAGUUCUUAAUUAUAUUAUUAGUUAAAUAACUUAGAAAACUCUUUGUAAAAUAAUGGAGAAAUUACUUAUUUUUGGGAUAAA